UGGCACAAAGGAAAACUGCUGCUUGGGUCUGAAUCACUAAACGAUGAAAGCUUCAGUUACAAUACAUUUCCCUGUUACAAAGAGCUUUGCCAGAGUACUGCAUGCUGCAAACCACACACUCCACAAGGAACUUUGUAGUCAAAUGGCUCCCUUCAUCUAGAUAUACUGGUAGCAUGUUUAUUCACUGUGAUACCCUUGCUGAGAUAAGACUGCUUCCUUCAGAUGCCCCAGCCUGUCAUUUGUUUAGCUGGAGAAUUUAAAGAGUAAUGAAUGUGCUCGGCUGGCCGACAUAAAGUAUUUCCACUGCCUGCGGCUGUUUAUAGAGAAUUCAGAAGAGACGGCAGGCAGCAAUUUGUCUUCUUAGGUAUCUGCAACUUUUUCUCUUUUAACAACUAGAAGAUUUAUUUUUAACUGUUUGACUCAGUAUUUGUCAGAUGAUUCGGACCAUCAAACUGCAGAUUGAAGCUCCCAGCAUGGGGGAAGCUGGAAUGGCAGCGGGAAGGAGACUGGCUGGGAAAAGGGGUGGGAUUUAAAAUCAUGCCUCCCAGGCUCUGCCUCCUGAUGUGGGUGAGAGUUAAGGGUUUCAGCAGUAUGCGUGUGCUUGCAGGUCAAGCCAGAAGCUAAAGGCUAAUGGCUGCCUUCAGCUACUUAAAGACAUAGGUGCCUAGCGAUUGGGAUACUGUGAGUAGGAACGAGGAAUCCCGGACUCAAGUAUUGUGAGCAACACUCUCUGCUGUCCUGCAAACCGAGCCUUUCUCCUGCCGGAUGCUGCCUGUCUCCAGAAGCCUCUCACCAUGAUCGAUAGCUCCAAAAAGAAUCAACAGGGCUUCCCAGAAAUUUUAACUGCUGGGGAUUUUGAACCUUUUAAAGAAAAGGAAUGCCUUGAAGGGAGCAACCAGAAAAGUCUCAAGGAAGUGCUCCAGCUAAGGCUGCAACAAAGAAGGACAAGAGAACAACUAGUGGACCAGGGCAUCAUGCCACCUUUGAAGAGCCCAGCAGCAUUCCAUGAACAGAUAAAAAGCUUGGAACGAGCCAGAACUGAAAACUUCUUGAAACACAAGAUUCGCAGUCGACCAGAUCGUUCUGAACUUGUCAGGAUGCACAUUUUAGAAGAAACGUUUGCAGAACCAUCUCUGCAAGCUACACAAAUGAAGUUGAAACGAGCUCGACUGGCUGAUGAUUUGAAUGAAAAAAUUGCUCAAAGACCAGGCCCUAUGGAGCUGGUAGAGAAGAAUAUCCUUCCUGUGGACUCCAGUGUUAAGGAAGCAAUUAUAGGCGUUAGGAAGGAGGACUAUCCCCACACUCAGGGUGAUUUCUCAUUUGAUGAAGACAGCAGUGAUGCUUUGUCUCCAGACCCGCCUGCAAGCCAGGAGUCUCAGGGAUCAGUGGCAUCCCCAAGUGAGCCAAAAGUUAGUGAAUCGCCAGCUCCUGUGACAACAAACAGCCCAGCCCAGUUUACUUCAGUGUCCACAGCAGUUCCUGAAUUCUUGAAAACUCCUCCCACUUCAGACCAGCCUCCUACAAGGUCCACAGCUCCUGUCCUCCCCACAAACACUGCAUCCUCAGCAAAAUCUAGCCCUGCAUUAGUAAAGCAAAGCCAUCCCAAGAAUCCGAAUGACAAACACCGCAACAAAAAGUGCAAAGAUCCCAAACCCCGGGUAAAGAAGUUAAAGUAUCACCAGUACAUUCCACCAGAUCAGAAAGGUGAGAAGAACGAGCCACAGAUGGACUCCAACUACGCUCGCCUGCUCCAGCAGCAGCAACUCUUCCUGCAGCUGCAGAUCCUGAGCCAGCAGCAGCAGCACUACAACUACCAGGCCAUCCUGCCUGCACCGACCAAAAAUGACAAAAAUAACAGCAGUGGAAAUUCAUCUUUGAGCAGUGCCACGCCCAACACACCAAGACAGAAUACAUCUGUUCCUGUAAGAAAGCCAGGACCUCUGCCUUCUAGCUUGGAUGACUUAAAGGUAUCAGAACUGAAGACAGAACUGAAGUUGAGGGGUCUGCCAGUGUCAGGCACCAAACCAGACCUUAUUGAACGUCUGAAACCCUACCAGGAGGUGAACAACAGCAGUCUUCCCCCUGGAAGUAUUGUGGCAGUGUCAUCGUCAGCCAUCGUCACCAGUAACCCAGAAGUCACCAAGGCAUUGCCUGUUACAACACUACAUAAUGCCGUCACUAGCUCAGUCUCCACUUUCAAGGCAGAAUUGCCAACUGCUGUUCCUGGCAGUGCAGCCCAUGUUGAAAAUCUUCAUUCCCCUCUGCCAAUCUCACCGUCACCCUCUGAACAGUCUAGUCUCAGUACUGAUGACACGACCGUGGCAGACACCUUCACUGAGAUCAUGACUAUGAUGUCCCCCUCACAGUUCUUGUGCUCAUCUCCCCUAAGAGCGGUAAACCAUGAAGAUAGCUUGAGUCCCACCAGCAGCACUCUGUCAAACCUAGAAUUAGAUGCCGCUGAGAAAGAUCGCAAACUUCAGGAAAAGGAGAAGCAGAUUGAAGAGCUAAAGAGGAAACUGGAACAAGAGCAGAAGCUGGUGGAGGUUCUGAAGAUGCAACUUGAAGUUGAAAAACGAGGGCAGCAGCAACAGCGGCCACCUGAACCCCAACCCAGCACUGCUGCUCAUUCUGUCAGCACGUCAGACCAGAAACAUAGUGGUACUGGCUCCUCCGUCAAGGACGAAGCCUCACUGUCUGACUGCUCCAGCUCCCGGCAGCCCAUUCUGGCAGCCAGCCACUCUGUAGGCCAGCCCAUCUCUGCCAGUGCCCAGACCCUUGUUGCCAAAAAGGCCAUAGUCAUCAAACAAGAGGUCCCUGUGGCCCAGGCGGAACAGCAGAGUGUAGUCUCACAGUUUUAUGUGAGCUCCCAAGGACAGCCACCCACUGUUGUUGCUCAGCCCCAGGCUUUGCUCACGACGCAGACUGCUCAGCUGCUGCUUCCAGUGUCUAUCCAGGGCUCCAGUGUCACCUCAGUGCAACUCCCAGUAGGCAACCUCAAACUGCAGACACCACCGCACGCAGGAAUCCAGCCUCAGCCCCAGAUUGCAGCUGCUACACCAGUGCCAGCCGCAACCACAGCCACAGCCGCAGCCACAGCCUUGCCCUCAGGCCUGGCUCCCACUGCACCUCAGAAACAAGAUGCUUUCCCACAGGGUGGUGUGCUCAGUCAGCCUCAGCAAGUCAGAAAGGUUUGCACAAGCUCAGCACCAAAUCCAGUUCUUCCGUAUCCAAGACAAUCUGCUCCAGCAGUGCAGCAGCCCUUUAUUGCUAAGACCUCCAGCAGCAGUCUUCAGUCCAGAACUACCCCACUCCCUUCCCUGCAAAAUGGACCCAACAGUCACAGCAAGACUAGCUCACCUCCACCACCCCAGCAGUUUGUUGUCCAGCACUCUCUCUUUGGGACCCCAGUCACCAAGACGAAAGACCCACCCCGCUAUGAGGAAGCCAUCAAGCAGACACGCAGUGUACAGCCAUCUCUUCCAGAGAUUUCCAAUGCACAUAGUCAGCAGAUGGAUGAUCUCUUCGAUAUCCUCAUAAAGAGUGGAGAGAUUUCCCUCCCUAUAAAAGAAGAGCCUUCUCCAAUUUCCAAAAUGAGACCAGUGACAGCCAGCAUCACCACCAUGCCAGUCAACACAGUGGUGUCCCGGCCACCACCCCAAGUCCAAAUGGCACCACCUGUAUCCUUAGAACCUAUGAGCAGUUUAUCUGCCAGCUUAGAGAACCAACUAGAAGCCUUCUUGGAUGGAACUUUACCUUCAGCCAAUGAAAUUGUUCCUCUACAAACCAGCAGUGAAGAGAGAGAGCCCCUCUCUCUGAUUGAUCUCCAGAAUGAUCUGCUGAGCCACACCAGCGUGCUGGACCAUUCACACUCACCUAUGGAGACUUCCGAGGCCCAGUUUGCUGCAGGUACUCCCUGUCUGUCUCUUGACCUUUCAGACUCAAACUUGGACAACAUGGAGUGGCUGGAUAUCACUAUGCCCAACACAUCCUCAGGGCUCACUCCUCUCAGCGCCACUGUACCAAGUAUGUUCUCUGCUGACUUCCUAGACCCGCAGGAUCUACCAUUACCAUGGGACUAGCAUCACAGGUUACCUGUCUCAGAGUUCAUGAGGUUUCAAAACAAGAAUCUGAAAGGUCAGUUUUUAGAGAUCGCUACCUAGUUGCAUUAUUGCAAUCAAAAUAUGAUGUCACAGUGGAAAGCCGUAGCCUGGAAACCAAAUUCGAAAACAUUUCACUGUAUUUAGCAGUGAAUUUCUGCAAUUUAAUAGAGCACAGGGCCUUCUGAAAAAAUACACUAGUACAAGAAGACUCCUGUUUCUCCAGACUGCAGUAAAGAAUGAAAAGUAGCUUUAGACAAAAAUAUAAGAAAGAGUAAUGUAUGCAAGAAAAUGACACUAGGAUUCUGUGGUAAUCAAUUACAUUUACACCUAUGUGCUCACUUUAUGACCAUAAAUAAGUAGAGAACUCUCACAAAACAAGGCUGCUGUGAGAAGUCCCUGCACAUGGCACUUCGGAAAGGCAGCCUGAGCCAGGCCAGGAUGCAGCAGGGGUCAGAGGCAGUGGUAAGAGCUGGCCAGUUUGGUGUCAGCUUCCAGCUGAAAACUUUGGGUUCCAGUCAGAAACCUGUGUAAUUUUUUGUGUUGUAGUUUAUUUUGUGAUUUUUUUCUAGUCUUACUUUAGAUUUCCAAAUUUAAUUGAAAGAUAUUUCACCAUAAUAAGAUGUCAUAAACAACCCAUUGUAAAAAGUCCAGGUAUAUUGAUAACACUGAAAAUUCUAUUUGCAGCCCUCUGUGUUGCUUAGAUGGGUUUUUCUGUGUAUAUUAGACAUUUGCUUGUACACUCUGACAUUGUGAUCUGUACAGCCUACAUUAAGUAGUGUAAGGAAAUAGAUACGCAAUAGUCCUACUUCUUUUAGCAACUCAAAAUGUUUCUAGAGUACUUGAGCCACAUGCAUUUUUUUCUAUAAAAGAGUUGUUGACUAACUUUCAGGUAACCAGACCCAUCUCAAAGAACCAAGAUAAAGGCUUUAGCAUGAAAUACCUUCCUGAACUAGUGGCAUAGAAGAGUAAGAAGGGCUAAGUCAGACAUGAGCCCAGGACAUUCCCACCCAGAGCACAGAUGAGGUUGGCUGUCUUUUCUUUCACAGAUCCCUGGUUCUCCUUUUAACAAACUUAUAACUGGAUAUUCUACCCAUACUCUCACUGUGUUAUCAGCCUAAGAUAAUAAACUGGAGGUUUUAUUAGUUUUUUGUGUAGAAAAAAGUUAUCACAUUUAUUGAGUAGUUUCUGAUGAAUUUCCUAAAAUACCAACUAAAGCGUUUCAGUUUAGUCAUUGAAGUAUAUGUAAAAUGUAAAUGAACAAAAUUGAAAUCUUCCAAAGGAGCAUGGAUAUUUUUAUUAAAUAAUACUACCAUGGUUUUCACCUCACUUUUGCUUAAACCCUAGGGUUAGGUCAACUCCUGAGUCACUAAAUAGUUAAUGUUCCAGUGAUGUGCAGUUGGCUGGCUGAUCCAUUGUUUGGAAAGAAUUUGUGAGUUACUUUGGGAUUUGUAUUUUGCCUGAAAGUGAUCUUAUUUUCAAUUUUUUGUUGUUUAUAAAUUUUACUAUGUGUAGAAAAAAAGUCUACUUUCCUAACAGAGCACACUGGAGCCCUUGGACAUUUAAGGCUUGAGGGGUUAACAGUGCCCACAUACCUCCUAAACAUAUGGCUACUUUGCUCAGUGAAUCCUUUUAGUGUUUAGACAUUGGUAAUCCGACACAUUGGCUAUAGGAACCCUGUUAACCUGAACGCUACCACCUGACCAAGCCCCUCAUGGGCUUAUCACACUGGAGAUAAGUGAAGCCUGUCAGUCCCACUGACAGUGCUAUCUCCAAGCCAGAAAUAUUUGAUCAGGAAGGAGCUUUUGCAAUAGGAGAUUUUGGCCUUGGGUUUUUGCUGAGGGCUUCUGUCUGGAGUGGUCAAGUCCAUAGUUAGAGUCUGAGCAUCCUGCUUAUUCAGAAUCAAAUGGCUUGUUAAAUUAGCAGUACAUACCAGUGGAAAUGCAGGAGGCAACUGAACAACUAGUACUGUUAACUUGAGUUCAAAAACCUAAUAUUUCCACAAUCAUGAGUUGUAAGCAUAGAUAAUUUUCUGGUCCUUGGGUCCCUUUAUUACUUUUUUAAAAUAGGUUUUGAAACAUGCCAUAAGAAGGUUGCUCUCCAAAAACACAAUGCCAUGCAAAGAAUGCCAUCUCAUUGGCAGUUCAGUCGAGAGAGAACAGGCUGAAGUGCCCACUUGACACAUGCAUUCAAGCCUUGACAUGUCAUUCUCAUUGUUCAGAAAGUGAAGGAUCUCUAGCUUUGAACCCACAGCUACUGUCCCACUCACACCAUUCCAAGUGGCCCCUCUCCAUUGCCAGCAGAUACCUGUGGUAUGAUGAAUGCUGCUCUUCAAGACCCACCCUGUGUCCCAGGCAUGCAUGUGAUAUGACCAAAGACCAUACUCUGUAAACAAGGCCCUUUAACCUAAGUCUGUAUCUCAGUAAAUGCAGUGGGAAAGGGUGUGUGUUUACUAUAGGUGACUUUUUAUUUAAGGUUAGUUUCACAGCCAUUAAAGCACAAGUCAAAAUAGCCAGUUAAAUUUUUAUUAUGCAUGUAUGUAGUUUAGAAAUGGUACUUUUGUGUCUUAUUGCCAAGAAAAUAACUCCGAGAAAUGUAUAUAUCACAGCCCAGUCUUACUUCCCUUCAUAGUCUCAAAACACAGUAGUAUUGACCUUUUCUUCCACUGUACAUAGGUGUCAAAUUGGGGGUGAGAUGAAUAAGAAUUACAGUAAAGCUUCUAGAAAAUCUUGGAAGAGUAGGGGUAUGUGGGCAUCUUGUUAGUAAAGCCUCUCAGGACAGUCUCAGCGGUUCAUGUUCUAGUGCUUUCCUGAAACAUUUAAUCAACUUAAUACAGUUUGCUACAUAAUUGUACACAGAUAUAUUCUGAAUUUGUGAAAAUUUUUCCUCAGAUACUUGUGUUUGUUUCAUGUGAAUAUUUUAGUAAUACUAAGAGGUCUUGUUUAAAUUUUCCUUUUUUAAAGUUGCAUGACCCCAUGAACUGGCAUGAUUGACACUGGUUUUUAAGAAACUGGGGCAAAGGCAAUCUGGUACUGCUUCCGAGCUGCAUCUCAGGAAGGCAACAUCAUGGAAAUAAGAUAGUACCACUGAAAUGUGUAGUCAGCAGACAGCAAGUGACACAUGAGAGCGUGUUACCCAUUUUGUUACCAAAGCUGACUCAGGCUUCCUCUGCCCUCGGCCCCUAAUCAUUCCAGGCAACAUGGCUUUCUUCAGGGUCGUUUCGGAAUUCCAGGCAGGAACCAACCACAGGAACUGACAAAGCAGCUGUCCCCAAGAGUGACAGGGCAGUCUCUUUCCUGUCUUCAGAUGGACCUUGGCCUCAGAGAAGCGGCAAAGCACUCUGGCAGGGUUGAAAAUAUGUGAGACGAGCCCACACUUCAGCAUACACAUUCAUGGCACUUCUGAGUCCCUGGUAGUGGAUGGCCUCAGGAGCACCUAACUUGUCAGUCAUGUGAGGAGCUUCUGACAUUGCUGCAGACUUCUCAGAGAAAUUUAAAGAGAGUAACAGUUCAGGUACCAACAAAACAACAAAAUUCACAAAUAACACUACUACUUACUGUCUGUCACUAUACACGUGGAUGCUUAAUGUACUGGCAUACAUUGACCCACUGCCCAAGAGGACAUGAAAUUAGCCCCAAAUGAUACAAGAAGUUAAACUGGAAGGUCAGGUUUACCAAGGAACAUAGCUUACCAUUGCAUAAAUGUGUAUUUGGAGAGUAUCCUAACUGUAUGUCAGCUAAUCUUUUAAGUGAUUUCAAUCAAAACUGGAAAAAUAACAAGAUGUAAUUUAUUUUUCCUGGUUCAAACCUUCAGUCAUUUGCUCAUUGAACAAUCUUUCUUGGCUGUGUUUUUAUUCUUGAAUGACUUAUCUACUGACAAUAAGCAGGUCCACAUUUAUUCUCCACUCAGCCUUUCUUACAAUAGCUGAGGAAAUGCACCAUUGGCAGAGUGUUUCUACCUGAAAUCUUUGAAGGCUUGUAAUUCAAAAAGCUGCACAUGUUUACAGAAGAGCUCUUAACGCUCCAUGCACAUACAUUGCUCUGUGAACCAUGAGUAGAAACUAUCUCAAUUUUGAGACAACAGGAUGGCAAUCUGAGAUCUACAAGGUGCUGUCUAGAAUCACGUAAACUGUGUUAUUGGAGAUGUCAACACAGCCAUAGUAUGUAACAGAGCUUUAUGCCAACUACUAAAACAAAGCUUUAACCAAGUUUAGAGAAUCACUGAAUACAUAACAAUUACCUCUCUACAUGUUGCUAUAAGGAAUCUUGUUAAUUUGGUAGGAAGAGAAAGCAUUUAGGAAAGACUUUAGUAUCUACCAAAAGUACUUGACCUCAAGUCACUAAUAGUAAUGCAAAAUGCUUUAAAGGAACCAAAGGCAUUGCCAACUAUUUGCCAAAAGGAGGCACUUUUUGUUUAAAAUUUGAGACUAAUGAGAUCUCAAAAAUCAGUCCCAAAAAGGUAUUACCAUUUACAGUUAUAAUUUUCACAAAGAUGUAGAUAUUUCUCAAUUGUUUUCAUGUAAAAAUAGUAUAGAAUUGUUUUGUUGGUUUAAGAAUAAUACAUAUUUGGUAGUAUUGCAAAGUUUUUUCCUUUCUGUGUAGAAAUUAGUUUUCUUGCUUGAAAUAGAAAUGCAGCGUGAUAGAUAUUUCUCUUAUUUUCAUUGUCACAUUAUGUCUUAGCAUCUCACUUUAUGAAAAACAGAAGAAAGAUUCUGAUCUUCAGAGCCCUGCUUGUUAAAAGCACUAGUUUAAUAAACAAAAAGUUAUGGCAAUCGGGGGGUCCAUUCAUGUAUUGCCUUUCUGUUGUUUCUUAAGAGAAAAACCAUGAUGCCUUUGUAUUUGCUGUUUGCACCCCUGGAAUCAAUUCCAUAUCAUGUUUGAAUGCCAUACAUUUUGCACAUGUACUGUACAUAGGUAACGCAUACUGUAUUUUUAUAUGUGUACACAUUUAUCAUCAGAUCUUUUGUACAUAGUGGCAGUAUCGUAGAUGAUCUGGAAAUGUUUGAUAUCUGAGCGAUUUUGCAUUUUUGUGUUCCAAAUAAAAAAACAUUUUGAUGUAUAA